AUGCUAAACCGCAGGAUGAAAGGAGGAGGAGGGAUUGGACCCAUGUAUGGAACUGGUAUGCCCAUGACAAUGCCAAGCUAUGCUAUGGGACCGAUGGUUAACCCUUCGAUGCCCAGCUAUGGUGCAACUCCCAUAAUGCCAAACAUGCCAGUCAUGAUGAUGCCUCAGACUCCCAUGUCUGCCACGACUGUCGCUGACCCCAUGCAGAUGACAGCAUCGCAGCAGGCCCUCAUCAACCAGCAGGCCUUUCUCAUGGCCCAGCAGAUGACCCUGCAGGCAAUAAAUCUGUCCCAGCAGCAGACGCAGGAGCAGCAGAAAAAGCAGAAGAAGCAGGAGAGAAAGCAGCAGCGGGGGGAGGAGAAGCAGCUGAGGCGUCAGUCCGAGCGGCGGCCCUGGGAACGCUCGCCCUCGCCCUCACCCUCACCCCCACCUUCAUCUCCCUCGCCCCCACCUGCCCGGACCAAAGCGCCUGCGCCUAAACGCACCUACGGCUACAAGCAGCCUGCGCCUGCGCCUGCGCCUGCACCUGUCCCUGCCCAUGCGCCUAAACGCACCUACGGCUACAAGCAGCCUGCGCCUGCGCCUGCGCCUGCACCUGUCCCUGCCCAUGCGCCUAAACGCACCUACGGCUCCAAGCAGCCUGCACCUGCGCCUGCACCUGAGCCAGAGAGAGAAGUGGACUUACCAGAUCCCGAAGACCUGCAGUCUUUCAGAGACAAGAAGGAAUACUUCCAGAAGUUUGGCAUUCAUGCCCGAGGUGGAUCCAAAGCAUCAAAUUCUCGUCCGGCCCACUCCAGCCCACCCAGACGGCAGCAACGCUCCCCGCCGCCCCCAUCCCCACCCCCACCCCCACCAACAGCACCUAAGCCUGCGGUGAAGCGUCUCCACACCCCUCCUGCCAGAGUUGUUGACCCCCCACCAGCAGCACCGAAGCCAGCUCCUCUCACUAAGCACCAGCCCGAACCCACCUCCAACAUCCGGGAAAUCAUCAAGCAAUUUAACAGCCGACCCCAGCCGGAAGCCAAACCCUUUGAGCCUGUCAGACCUGCUGCACGGCAUUUCGUAAAGAAGAAUGACCCCAAAGACGAAGCUCUGGCCAAACUCCUAAACAAAGCACCAGUGCCACAACCGAAGAAACAGUGUGUGCCUCCGCCAGUCAAGCCCAAGAGGGAGCCACCUUGUCCCAGGACCCCGUUCCCGCAGUCCUCCUCUCCUCCCUCCACCAGGGGGCCCCGCAUCAUCUCCAGCAACAUGAGGCAGAAACAGCGCUCCCUGGGGGACCUGUUUGGCUCGCAGCGCUCCCAGCACCCUCCGACCCCUCCCCCUGACUCCGCGCCGCCUCCCCCGCGCCCAGCGCCCCUCAUUUGGAGCAUCCCCGACCCGCCGCCCAUGGCGGCCCCGUCCCUCAUAACCACAGAUGUGAUGCCAGAUGAGGAGGGCAUUCGCUCCCAGCUCCACCGCUUCUCUGCUGGGGUUUACUUCUCUUACUCCAACAUGGCAGGAAAACUGUUCCUGCGAAAAGAAGUGUUUUACCCCAGAGAGAUGUUCAACAGGCCCUACAUCCUCAAUCUGUUGUGUGAACAGAUCAUGAGGGACACCUACUCUGACAGCUGUGUGAGGAUCAGCAGAGAGGAGAGGAGGAAGAUGAAGGACCUGCUGGCUAAUUUCAAUGUGGGAAUGACUAUAAGCACCAUCCAGAAUGACAUCAUGAAGAAGAGGAUUGUCAUGGCUGCUCGAGACAACUGGGAAAACUACUUCAUCCGUCUGUUCCCUGUGAAGUCGGACAGAGGGGAUGCUCAGGUCUUGGGGGUGUCUCACCGGGGCUUUCGUCUACUGAAGGAGGUCAGAGCAUCAGGCAUCAACCCCAAACACCUCCGUCUGCUCACAAGCUACAGCUUUGUAGAGUUGCUGUCAGUUGACCUCCAGGGUGCAGACAGAGUGGGACUGGAGCUGGUGGGGGAAAAGUUGGUGAUGCAGUCAUCCAGAGCUCCUCAGAUCACUGCCAUGAUCCGGUUCUUCCUCCAGGAGCUCAUCCGGGACUCGGGCCAUGUGGUUGCCCUGAAGAGUUUUGUAACAGAUGACAAAAGUCUACUUAGCUUCAGCAAGGGUGACGCCAUCAAACUGCUGCCAAUGGAAGGACUCCAGACGGGCUGGCGUUUUGGCACCUUGGGAGGGCGCUCUGGUCUUUUCGCAGAUGACCUCACCCAGCCAUCCGCGGCCCCGGACUACCACUGUCUGCCCCUUAACCGAAGAGAUGACAAGAGGAAAAGCAAGAUGGGCGCUGGACCUGCCGGUCCACCCAAGGACCCGUCUCCAGGUCCUAUCAGCAGACCCAUGGGCAGCGUCGAUUCAAAGCUGCUCGGUAAAGAGGCCUCGGUCCAGAGAUUCGACCAGAGCUCAAUCCAGGGCUCAUUCCACGAGCUGGAGACCCUCUCGAGCAUGGCUGAGUUUGCCAUGAAGUAUUUCCGAGUGGGGACUACAGGUCUAUCAGCAAGCGAAAGGAAUUUUGCAGAGGCGUUUCAACACACAGAAGUUCCCAUACAGGAGUCCCUCAUUCUCUACAAUGACCCUGAAAUCACUGAGUUGUCGGUCCAGUGCUUCUUGAACUUGAUGCAGUUCAUGGGGGACAUGCCAAUGACAAAGAAGAACACCCAGACGGACUGCUUGAGCCACAUUUUACUGAUCCAUCUGCACCCUCGGCUGGCGGCUGCUCAACCUGAUGACCGGGUUCUUCCCCUGCUCCGGUACGCUGCAGCCGCACGUCACACGCCACCUCCAGGACAUCUCUCAGGACUACGAGCACCCAUACCAAGAGCUGGCGUGCGUGUGUCAAGAUAACCUGCAGCAGUCUCUCAGCUUUGGCGGCCGCCGUAACAUCCCC